AUGUGGUUUGAUGGGUCUUCCCUGAUUGUUUGCCAAUAUGCUGAAAAACUCAGAUCAGAAUUGCAAAGAGAUACAAGGUUCACGUUGUCAUAUGUCCAAAAGGAAGAUACCCUGUUUGAAGAUAUUUACACUGAGACUCUCAUGGAAUUGAUUAAUGCAACAAAUGAGAUCCUAGGAACCAUUUCCAACUUGGAGGAUUUGUUCAGUGACACAGGCAUCAUCAAUGAGGAUGCAGAGACAGUGUUUGUAACUGGUGAUGCUGGGGUUGGUAAGACCAUCCUGCUCCAGAGACUUCAGAACCUGUGGUCCAAAGGAGAGCUCUGUGUUGAUGUUAAAUUCCUUUUCAAAUUUAGAUGCCAGAUGUUUAAUAGCUUCAGAAAGGAAGAUAAGAUUUCUCUCAGAGAUCUACUGUUUAAAUACAACUGUUACCCUGACAAAGACUCCGAUGAGAUAUUUAGUUAUAUCCAACAACACCCAGCUUCUGUUCUCUUCACACUGGACGGGUUUGAUGAAAUUAAUGUUGACUGCAACCUUAGUGAUAUCCCUGUAAUCUCUUCACCCUUUGACCCUUUGCAUCCUGUUGCCCUCUUAAUGAGCCUUCUUCAUGGAAAGUUAUUGAAAGGUUCCAAAAAAUUAUUGACAGCAAGAACUGGCAUAAACCUACCAUUGAGAAUAGUGAGAAAGAGAGUGACACUAAAGGGCUUCUCCAAGGACCAUUUAUUGCAAUAUUUGAAGAAGUUUUUCAAAAGUGAGGCCCAGCAAAAUGUGGUUUUGGCCCAUCUGGAGACAAACCCUCACCUGAGCAAUUUAUGUUCAGUGCCACUCUUUUGUUGGAUUAUAUUUAAAUGUUAUGAUUGCAUACAGUCCACUUGUAGUUCCCAGUGGUUAUCACAUUCUGUUAUGCUCACUGAUAUUUACCUCAUGAUGACUGAAGUCUUCCUCAACCAUUCUUCUCAGGCCAAUCCAAACGAGAAAAGUGCAAGAAGCCGGAUAAACCUGUUUCAAACCAAAAAGGAAACUCUCAUGCGAAUCGGUAAGCUGGCUCUAAAAGGCAUUGAAAAUGGAAAUUUUGUGUUUAGUCAGGAGACAGUCACAGCAGCAAAUAUUUCGGAAGAAGAUUUACAGAUGGGCUUCAUCAAAACUGUUGGUCAUUAUAAUGGGCAUGGAAACCAAUCAACAUAUGAGUAUAUUCACUUAACACUUCAGUCAUUUUUUACUGCAUUUUUAUUAGUUCUGGAUGAUGAGAUCUGUCCAUGCGACUUUCUUGCACUCUUCAACAAUAAUAACAUACCAAAACUGUCACCCAACAAGCCACGUGAUAUGGUUUUAGCUAUCUUGAGGCCUACAAAGUAUUCCUCAACACAUGUCCUCAAGCCUUUCAGCAAACAUCUGCAAUUUACCAUGUGGUUCCUCUGUGGAUUGCUGUCGAACAGCAACACUGACCUGUUGCUAAACCUCGCAUCUCCAAUGAACAUUGAGAAGAAACAAUCACUGCUGGCAUCUUACCUGUCCAACUGUACGAAGACACAGUUGAAAAAUCUUCCUCGCUUGCACCUUGAAGAUGGCUGUAAGGUUCAUGUGCUACCACAUUUCGUAUGGCUGGUGAGGUACAUAUUUGAAAUGCAGAAUGGAGCAACAGCCAAAAUGGCGGCCAAAGGGAUCUGUGCUGAUUAUAUAAAGCUGAACUACUGCAAUGUUUCUUCUGUUGACUGUGGCGCUCUUGCAUUUAUUUUGCGUUAUAUCCGAACACCCCUUGCACUGGAGAUGGACAACAACAACAUCAAUGAUUAUGGUUUAGAGCAAAUGGUCUCCUGUUUCAGACAACUCACAGUCCUCAGAUUGAGUGUAAAUCAGAUCACAGACCAAGGAGUUCAUAUCUUGGUUGAAGAACUCAAAAAGCAUCAGAAGAUCAGAUCACUCGG